ACAGCCCUGCUUUUGGACUCUAGACAUUGCCCCAUGCCUGGACUCUGAGCUGAGCGAGUUUCCCCUGCGCAUGCGUGACUGGCUGAAGAACGUGUUGGUCACCCUUUAUGAGCGUGACGAGGACAACAACCUGCUGACUGAGAAGCAGAAACUCAAAGUCAAGAAGAUCCAUGAGAACGAGAAGCGCCUGGAAGCUGGUGACCACCCAGUAGAGCUGCUGGCCCGGGACUUUGAGAAGAACUACCAAAUGUACAUCUUCCCCGUGCACUGGCAGUUCGGCCAGCUGGACCAGCACCCCAUUGAUGGGUUCCUCUCCCACACUGAACUGGCCCCACUUCGGGCCCUGCUCAUUCCCAUGGAGCAUUGUACCACUCGCUUCUUUGAAGCCUGUGACCUGGACAAUGACAAGUACAUUGCCCUGGAUGAAUGGGCCGGCUGUUUUGGCAUCAAGGAUCAGGAUAUCGACAAGGACCUGGUGAUCUAAGCCAGAAGCCUCUUUCCUGGUGGCCCAAGUUUUCUUUCCUUACCUCCCGACUUCCUAUUUUCUUUUAUAAUUAAUGUGUGUGGUUGGUUUGUUCUUUCUCCCUGGGAAUGAGAUGCUAAUAUAGGUCUAAGAUGUGUGUAUUAACGGUGCUAAAAACCAAACGGAAAAUGAAGCCGUGACUUUCUGGCUGUCUAACCUACCCUAUCUGAGGGCCGCUCACUCACUCAAUUACUUCUGCUAGUCUUCUUCUUCUUCUUCUUUCUUCUGCAGCAAUGCUUACUGAUUCCAUGGUGUACGGGGAGCAAUUCCAAUCCACUUUGAUCCACCCUACGUGGCGGCCCUCCUUUUUGGUUCAGAUCCACACUCUAAUUUUUAAAACCGAAUAACUCACAGUCAGGUUCUGCAGUUCUUUUAACUCCAGGGCAUCAGCCCCUGGCCCAUGGGCGAGGGAGAGGAAGGGGAUGAGCAGAGGAUGUUGGAAAUGGUGGUGAAUUUAAGAAAGUAGUGGAAUGGUCCUGGGUGGAGAUUUCCUGGGGUCUUCCCCAGAGAAGGAGAAACCAGUGUAAAGGAAAGCAAAAAAAAAAAAUCCAGACGUACUUCAAUUGAACAAUAAUUUGUCAAAACAAAAGCACAGAAAAAGAAAGACAAAGAAAAGCAGAGACUGUAAAUUCAGAAACCAUCACACACACCCAGGCCCUCCCUCCCCCUCACCCCACAAAACAUAAACUGAAGAAAAUGCUCUCCACUGUUAUUUCUGUCCCAUUGCUCUAACAUUGGGCUGUUUCUUCUGCUUCUGCUUAGUAGGACCCCCGCUACCUCCCUCAAGGCACACUACCCCCUUGCUCUAGAAGCUUGUUUCUACUCUUGUAUCUCUUAUCUUUAAAUUCUUGCCCCCCUCAGGGAAGCCCCAAAUUUGUAUGCUGUUUCGGACAAAGGACCAAAAAAACACCCUAUGCCCAGUGGAGCUCGCUGUUCCACUGCUGUGGCUGAUCCCUGGAGGGGCUUUCCUAGCUUCUGUCUGUUCUGUGUGUGUGUGUGUGUGUGUGUGUGUGUGUGUGUGUGUGUGUGUGUGUGUGCGCCUGUGUGUGUGUGUGUGUGCCUGUGUGUGUGAGGGUGUGUGAGGGGUUUUUGUUUGUUUGUUUUUAAUGAAGAUAAGAUCUUCACUGUGAAAGGGAUGUCAACUCUCUCAGGAGAUUGAGGACCCUUUCACCUCCAGUGUUCCAUGUGCUGCUGCUUCUCAUUAAUCCUCUACAGUCUUGCCACGUGGUGUGAGCAAUCUGACAAGUUUCAGAAUAAAAAGUAAUUACUUGGAAACCUGCAGACUCA